CCAGAGAGAUUAUCAUGUCAGGAGUAAUCUGACUCGGGCCCUGCAAGCACAACUAUGGAGGAGGAGGAGCAACAGUUGAGAGAGAGAGAGAGAGAGGUGGUGGGUGUGUGGAGGGGGUGUAGCAGACAGGCAUCAGAGAAGCUCUCUCAGCUUACGGUAACCACGCUUUCCCUGCCCAUCUUCUCAACCCGCAGAGUUUCCCUCCUUGGACCUAAAGAGAAGACCUGCUGCUGGAGAGAGGGUUCGGGGUUUGUGCAGAGAAGAAAUGUGGGAGCAGCAGUUUUGUAUGGAGCAACACGAUGACAGACGUUUUCUGAAGUGAAACAGAUGCCAAGUCAAGGACUUCUUCUCACACACAAGUCUCUACUUUUUGAACGUGUCAACCUGAUUGCCAUGAAGAUCACGGUUUUCAGAGGAAUGCUGAUUUUGAUCUUUGCAACCUGAUGCAGGAACUGGAAGUUGUGAUGAAUUUCAGGGGAAGAAGCAGGAGUCCUGCCCUCGCCCCUCGCCUGUGAUGAUGAUGAUGAUGAUGAUGAUGGACUUACCCAGCCAGCACUUGCCUGUGGAGGUCAGCUGAAGACGACGCCACGCAGCUAAGUCUGGAUUAGCCGGCCGAACGAGUUUCAAUGCUCCUCCACGUUCUAAGAUGAAGUUAUGGAAAGGUGCUACUUUUGCCUUCGUGCUCUGUGGUGCAGCCCUGUCCAUCCUCCUCAUUAGAAACACGGCCACGAUCGGACAGUUCAAACACAAGACGAAAUAUCCACACAUGUCUUCGUCCUCAUCAAGAAGGUCCUCCUCCUCGUCGGAAUCGACAUCCAAGGCUUCGCCGCCGUCGCCCUCAUCGUCGGCGUUGCCCUGGCAGACGGGCGGGCUUCACCGGAGAACCCGCUCGGCAGACGAGAUGAAUUCUCUUCUCUCGGAGUUUUCCAUGAUGUUCCAGAGCUUCACAGAGGGCGAGCUUCAGCAUGUGGUCGGGACCUUGCUCGACAGGAAGAGGAGGAAGAGUCGGCGAUUAGAUGAAAAACAAGCCCGAAGGACUAAAAGAGCCCGGAGGCCUAAACCCUGCUCUUUGAGAGAGCUGGAGCUGACCGUGAGCGAACUGGGUCUCGGUUACGAGAGCGACGAGACGGUGAUGCUGCGCUACUGCAGCGGCAAAUGCACGGCCCAUCGGCACAACUACGACAUCACCAUGGAGCACAUGAUGCGGACGGGGUUCAGGGAGAAGGGCCGCAGGGACAAGGUCAGCAACGGGCCCUGCUGCCGGCCCACCGCGUUCGAAAAGGACUUUUCCUUCCUGGACAAUAAGAGUCGCUAUCACACGGUGCAGAAUGUGUCGGCGAAGAACUGCGGCUGUGUAUGACCCAGAGAAAUAGACUCGUCACUUCUUCUUCUUGCUGCUCUCAGCCUCUGUUGGAUCAGUGGAACAUGGAUGCUAUUAAAAGACAAACUGUGGAAUAUAAUAAAGUUUUCAGGUUGUUCCGCGGCAGCCUUUUUUUGCGACUUGAAUUUUUUUUGGACGAGUUCGAAUCACAUGGACGGCAAGCGCUGCAUUCGUGUGGAUUCACAAUGCAAUGAGACAGAAAAUGACUGUUCACAUGGAAACAUGUCUGUAUUCUUUUCUAUCUGUGUAGUAACACUGUAAACUGUGGUGUAACAACAAUGUAGCAAUAUUAUGUUUGUGAUCAUUUGAGUAGUGCGAUAGAUGAGCCACGGUGGACUAGAUUAUUGCUACACUUCAUAUCCAUGGGCGUCAAUAAAUCCAAAUCUUGUAGUUUACAUGAUUUUGGUGACAGUGAAUCACCUUUCAGGCAAAAAAAAAAACAUUUUAAAAGCCAUAAAUGAAACAAAACUAAAAUUAUAUGUAAUGCACCGAUG